AUGGGAAAGGUACCUCUGGAGAACGACGCCAAAGAAAAGAAAACCGAGUUCAGCUUAGUGCGCGUCAAAAGUACCUGGAAGCGUACCCGGGGAACGAAGGCCAACAUGGACACAGCUGACUGUGUUUCUGAUGCAAAAAUCUAUGAGAGCAUCACAGAGCAGGGCACCUCUUGGACAGUGGUGAGCCCCAUUGUCUUCACCUACAAGGUAACCGAGACUCACAACUUGCUGGACCCAUGCAACGACACACUCCUGCUGGGUCAAAUCACCGACCCGCAGCAGUUGGAGGACAUUAAAAAAUCAAGCAAGCCACUCAAACGCUUCAUAGUCGUUGACCAGGAGGUCUACAAAAUCUACGGUUCCAAGCUGACUGAGUACUUAGAGGCCAACAAUGUCCUGUACAAGAUCUUGGCUCUACCCACCACUGAGGAGAACAAAUCCAUGGACAUAGCCUUGAAGAUCAUAGAGGAGGUCAACAACUUCUCCCUUGACCGGCGCAAGGAGCCCAUCAUCGCCAUGGGUGGAGGAGUGUGCCUUGAUAUUGUCGGCCUGGCCGCCUCACUCUACAGGCGACGCACUCCUUACAUCAGAGUCCCGACCACCCUGCUCUCGUACAUCGAUGCGAGUGUGGGGGCAAAGACAGGGGUUAACUUUGCAAACUGCAAGAAUAAGCUCGGUGCCUACGUUCCACCCGUUGCUGUCUUCCUGGACCUGUCCUUCAUACAAACCAUUCCUCGAAGGCACAUCUCCAACGGGCUGGCGGAGAUGUUAAAAAUGGCCUUGAUGAAGCACAGAGGCCUCUUUGAGCUCCUUGAGAAGCAUGGUCUUAUGCUGCUGGACACUAAAUUCCAGACUGAUAAAAGCAUAGAUGGGCACAACCGCCUCCAGGCUGCAUCGAGGGCAACUCGUUUAGCCAUCACGACUAUGCUCGAGGAGCUUGCCCCCAACCUUUGGGAAGAUGACCUAAACAGACUUGUGGACUUUGGACACCUAAUCAGUCCAGCAUUAGAGAUGAAAGUUCUCCCAUCUCUCCUGCAUGGUGAGGCAGUGAACAUUGAUAUGUCUUACAUGGUUUACGUAUCUCAAGAGAGUGGUCUAUUGACAGAGGAGGAGAAGCAAAGGAUCAUCAGCUGCAUGGUGGGCCUGGAGCUCCCCGUCUGGCAUGAGGCAUGCACCAUGGAGCUCAUACAGAAGUCUCUGCAGGACAGACUGAAGCACUCUGGUGGCCUCAUCAGAAUGCCUCUGCCUGUUGGUCUUGGGCAAGCAGACAUUUUUAAUGACACAUCUUAUGAGACCCUGCACAGAGCUUACGAAAAAUGGCGUGACGAGCUGAGCGUCAGCCACUGCACCAGUUCAAUCCGAAGUGUAAAACUGUAG